AUGGUAUCACAUAAAAAUAUAUUACUUGAAUCAUUUGUAUUCUUAUUUAUGAUGUACCCUGAUCUAGCUUUCUCUCAUAUCACUCCCAAUAUCCAACAAACUAGUUACUUUCCUUUAUACAACAACAAACAUCUUCAUAUUAGAUGUUUUAAUAAUCCUUCCUAUAUUAAUAACACUAAUAAUAAUAAUGACAAUGAUGAUACAUCAUCACCUAAAACAGUCUUAUUUGAAGCAGGAACACCAUUCUACUCUACAAUUUGGGGUAAUGUAUUAAACUAUAUGCCAAAUUAUCUAUCAAAUAAUGAAAAUGGUAAAUUGAUUAAACAAUAUUGUGUAUAUGAUCGUUAUGGUUAUGGAUGGAGUGAUUUCAAAGGAGAAUCUGUUAGAUCCGAUGAAAUGGUCAAUGAUUUACAACAAUAUUUGGGAUCGAUAGGUAUCGAUGAUGGAAUCAUCUAUGUCGGUUGGUCAUAUGGUGGUGUAUUGGCACAAGAAUUGGCUGCUACCAACCCCGGUAUUCUAGAUGGAGUGGUUCUCGUUGACUCUAUGGAUGUAUUAGAUUUAAAUGAUACACUUAUUCAAAAUAUAGUUCAAGGUGUCUAUUCAUUUAAAAUAUUAGAUAUGAUUAAAGUAACAGGAUUAACUAAAUUUUAUGAUGGGUAUCCUCUUCCGAGUGGAUACCUUUCAGAGAGUAUUAAUUUGGAUGGACAAUUAAAGAUAUCAAACAAUAUGGUUUAUUUUGGAAGUGAUUUCCUACAGUCGACAGUUUUUGAAUUACAAGUGAUUAUGGAUUCACUAGGUCUCUUAAAAUCACGUAUUGACUCACUCGCCAAAGGCAAGACACUUUUAGGUGAUAUUCCAUUAGUCGUUUUAACAGCACUGGAGAAUCAAGAUGAAGAUUGGAUGUAUCGUCAAACCCUACUAUCAAACUACUCUUCCAAUUCAUUACACCUCACCACCAACUCUAGUCAUUUCGUACCUAUUGGUCCUACCUUUUAUGAUAUUAUAAAAUCAAUAGACAAUUGUAUUUCAUUGGGUCUUAAAUAA